UCUCAAGCAAGUGCUCAAGAAAACCAUAUUUUUCAGCAAACCCAUUUCUCCAAAGCAAUCAAAAUGGCCUCACUGCAAUGCAACAAGCCCGCCAACGACACCUGCCAGCAGAAGUCCAACACCAACGGCAACCACUCGGGCUUGGGCCAGAAAGUGGCCGAGAUGGCGAGCUGGGUCACUGGAAAACACCAAGACUCACAGCACACCACCGCCCAGGCCCAUUGCCACAGCGUGACCCAGGCCCAGCUACAUCCCGACCAUGCAACGUCCAAAACUGAGACUCACUGCGACAGCCAGACCAAGACUAGCACUAACCACAAUGGUGGUGGCCAUGGCAUGGCCAAGCUGACCGGGCAUACUAGUGGCCACGGCCACAAGGCGACUAACGGUGGUGUUGCCGCGGCAGGGUGCGGCGGCAACACCAAGACCAAGAAGAAGGGCGAGCACAAGAACAGCUUGCUUCACAAGAUCAUGGAUAAGGUGUCUGGAAACAGCAGUUGCAGUGACAGCAGCAGCAGCAGCGACGGCGAGAGCGACAAUGAGGGCUGCCCCAAGAGGAAGAACUAAAGAAGCAGCUGUUGCCGUUGCCGGCUGGAGUAUCAUCUGCAGAAUGGAGAUAUAUAGAUGUGAAAUAAAUAAAUAAAUAAAGGGGUAAAAGGAAUGCAACUUUGACUUGGCUUAGGACAAUCUAUGUAUUCCUAUAGU